AUGGACGAGGGUCCGCAGCUCCGUCAGCGAUACAAGAAAAAGAAUUCAGACCCGGGCGACUUGAUCCCAACAGAAUCGAUCGAUGAGCGUAUAAGUCCAUCUCUCGUCACAAAAUCGGUGGGGAAACAACAACCCGUCGUUUUCGGCUCGUUCGUCCUCUCAGCUUUCACAAGAUGGUUUGGACUCAAUCGCUAUCGAGUCCAGAUGCCAUGGACAGCAUACGUUGCCCAGCACGGUGGCCAAAGUCCGGCAUUUGACACGGCCGUACUCAGCAUCAACACUAUGUUUCUGUCUCAUCGACACCAGAAUCGGGCUUUGCAGCAGUCUAGUCGUGAAGCAUACACUAAAGCAUUGCGACUCUUCAGCGGCCGAAUAUGUGACGCGAACAUGAUGAAAUCCACUGAAAGCGUGGGCAUCACUAUCAUUCUGAGUCUGUUCGAAGCAUAUUCCAGGACCAACCCAGAUUCAUGGGCUCACCAUGCAUCAGGGACUGCAUUACUGAUGGAGCAUCGUGGUCCCAAGGCGCACCUGGUCGGAUUCGACCGAUGCCUCUACCUUUCUUUCCGAAGUUUCCUCGUCGCCGAGGCGUUUCUCCGAGGAAGAAGAUGUCUCUUCGAACUCCCCGAAUGGCAAGCGCACAUUGACCAAAUCCGAGUAGAAGACAUGUCGACACCCAAGGUUGACGGACCCAUCUCUCUAUUCAUCGAUCUACAGGAUCGAAUCUUCAAGGAAGUUGUCAAAGUCCCGGGUCUUCUUGUACGCGCCCGCGAACUUCAUGCAUCCGACGAGCCCAUACAAUCCCGAAACUCCUUGUCCUCGCAAGCUUAUCGCAUCAGUCAAGCUCUUCACACACUCUCUGCGCAUCUUCGAACCGCUGCCGCCUCACAAAGUUACGAAUGGUGCCGGGGUAAUGGCGACAGUACCGCCAUCAAUAAAAACGAUCACUCCUUCAUCGGCCCUAUACCAACGACAUUCCCACAGGAAUUUGCAAACAGUGUUCUUCGUGGUGUUGAUCAAUGUCAAUUCAUCCUUUGCCUCCUGCUCGACUACAUCGAAAAAGAAUCGCAGGGUGUACCGCAAAUUCAACCAUCCAACAGUUCAAAUGCGAAUUCGAUUCACCGGCUUCCGUUCCGCUUUGUCUCAAAGCUUGCUUCCUAUCAAGGGCCAGAAGAUGGGGCAGCUACUGGUGCAGAUGGUGCUGAGAAGUGCUUACCAUCUCCGGAUAAGUGGCUGGAUCUCGUGGCGGCAUCAAUGGGGCUUGAAGCGUUUGACAUUGUAAUUACUGGAUGA